AUGGCGCUUAAGGUGCUGGAGUGCACGAGGCGGACAGCGCAGUUCCAGUCCCAGCUGGCCAGGCGCAUGUGUGCGUCUAUUAUAAGCACCCUGAGCCACGACUUCUCACCUAUCAAACGGACACACCCAGAAGCUGGCAACCCUCCUGCGUGGAGGCCACUAGGAGGGUGGCACUCCGUCCAGUGUCUCGGGGGCUCGCAGUGGCUGGAGGUGGGAGCGCCGGGGGACCGCCCAGCGUCGCCUGGUCUGCUGACCGAGCUGAAGCUGGCUGUGCCUUGGGGCCAUAUCGCUGCCAAAGCCUGGGGCUCCCGGCAGGGCCCCCCAGUUCUCUGCCUGCACGGCUGGCUGGACAAUGCCAACUCCUUCGACAGACUCAUCCCUCUUCUCCCACAAGAAUUCCAUUAUGUGGCCAUGGAUUUCGGGGGUCAUGGGCUGUCAUCCCAUUACAGCCCUGGUAUCCCGUAUUACUACCAGAACUUUGUGAAUGAGAUCCGAAGAGUUGUGGCCACCUUGAAGUGGAAUCGUUUCACCCUCUUGGGCCACAGUUUUGGUGGCACGGUGGGCGGAAUGUUUUCCUGUGUCUUCCCGGAGAUGGUGGAUAAACUCAUCUUGCUGGACGCAACACCGUUUGCCCUGGACUCUAAUGAAGUGGAGAACGUGCUGACCUACAAGCGGAGAGCCAUCGAGCACACGCUGCAGGUGGAGGCCUCCCAGAAGCCCUCGCAAGUGCUCAGCCCAGAGGAGAUGCUGCAGGGGUUCCUGAAGAACAAUAGCCAAGUGGGUGAGGAGUGUGGGCGACUCCUGUUGCAGAGAGGAACCACACAGGUGGGCACAGGUCUGAAGCUGAACAGAGACAGGAGGGUCGCUCGGCCGGAGAACAGCUUUGAGUUCGUCAGCAAGGAGCUGUUCAUGCAGUUCAUCAAGAAGCUGCAGGCCCGCAUCUUGUUUAUCAAAGCACUGCAAGGGUACUACAACGUGAGGAGAGAGAACGACACGGACAGGGACACGCUGUACUUUAUGGUCAGCGCUCUGCAGUCUACCCUGAAAGAGCGGUUCCAGUUCGUUGAGGUCCCUGGCAAUCACUAUGUCCACAUGAAGGAACCCGAGCAGGUGGCCGGCCUCAUCAGCAACUUCCUGAAGAGCGAAUUCUCUGUCCUGUCCCAGCUAUAACCUGGGGCUAUGGGGCUUCCACUGACUGUGCCCAACCCCAGCAAGCCAGGCGUGGAGGGCACAGGCCUCCUUCGUAUUAGACAA